AUGAUUUCACCUGGAGAAGUGAAAGGUAACAUUCCAUUUAUAGAUUAUGGUUUAAAAUGCUGGAAAGAACCAAGAAAAAAAUUCAAUAGCCAUUCUAAUAAUAAAAGACAUAUCAUUUGUAUGGAGCGUUGGAAUGACUAUAUGUUAAUCAGAAAUAAUAAUAAAAAAUCAAUUUCACAUUCUCUAAAUGUAGCUAGAGUACAAAAUGUAAUUGAAAACCGUAAACAUAUUAUAUUUUUACUUAAAGCUACACUCUUUCUUGCUAAACAAGGUUUAGCAUUCAGGGGACACAAUGAAACUGACUGUUCUAAUAACAAAGGUAAUUUUAUUCAAUUAUUAGAAAUGUUUGCUGACAACGCAAUGGCAAUUAAACUUAAGUCAAGAUAUGGACACUAUACAUCCCCAGAGUAUCAGAACGAUUUAAUUCACAUUAUAGCUAGUUGUACUAGAAAAAAUAUUCUUAGUAAAAUAUCAUCUAUUGGUGUAUAUACAAUAUUAGUAGAUGAAACAAAAGAUAUUUCAAAAAAAGAACAACUUAGUUUUGUACUGCGCUUUGUUGAUUCUGAUUAUAACGUCCACGAAAGAGCAAUUGGCUGUUACCAUAUGAAAAAAUCUGAUGCUGAAAGUUUAUCUCAUGAAAUAAUCAAAAUUAUUUCAGAAAAUAAGUUAGAUAUAAAUAAAUGUAUAGCACAGUGCUACGAUGGAGCAAAUGUGAUGAGUGGAUCAUAUUCUGGUGUCCAAAAAAGAAUUCAGGCGAUUGUACCCCAUUCUUUGUAUGUUCAUUGUUAUGCACAUCGUUUAAAUCUUUGUCUCAUACACACUCUUAGCAGUCUUUCAAUUAUAACUAAUUUUUUCAAUGUCGUUCAAAGUCUAUACAAACUGUUGAUGAAUGGGCAAACAACAUAUGAAUUAUUUGUGGAAGUUCAAAAAAAAAAAAAAAUUAGAUGUUAUUCACUUGGAACGUUUAGUUGA